AGUUUUAGUUAUAAAAUAUUAAAAAAAAUUAGAGUGUGAAGAGAAAAUAUCGGAUGUAUUUAACAUCUCUCAAAAUCAUAAUAUAUUAGAGAGAUAAGGGAAGGCACGUUCUGCAACAACAAAGCUUGGGGUUCAAAGAGUGAGGAGAGGGUCAGACGCUCAGACAGUACCCCAUCGUGUCAGACAGAACCCAAACGUGUUAGGUCGGGCGGCAGAUAUGAGACUGGUCUUCUUUGUUUGUAAUGAAAACAAAAAACAAAUGUAAAAUCUUUCUCACGUCAGUUUCUUACCUUCUUUCUUUCCCAUUAACAAAACACCCGAAAACUCUACUAUUUCUUUAAUAUUUUGGUUUUGAUUUUUAUCCCAGAAAACAGUUUCUUAAUUCCAUCUAAUAUAUAUAUUUUCUGCCAUUUCGGAUUUUUCUACCAUUUUUAUUUGAUUAUUGUUGGACGUUUGGGUUUAGUAGUUGAUUCCACCUCUUCUUCCCAGGUCAAUGUAGCUGGGUUGUUCUCCAAAAUUAGGGUUUCUGUUUCAAAUUUUGUGGAUUUCGCUAUCGAACUAUGUAGUUGAGGAAGCCGGAGCCUUUGUAGUAGUAGUAAUAAUAAUAAUAACAAUAAUAACUCUUUUUUUUACCUUGGCUUCGACUAAAAUCUCCAUUUUUUUUUUUUUUUGAUUUUAGCUUUAUUCCUCCAAGGGUUUCCUUUUCUUCUUCUUCUUCUCGUUAAAAGCUUAGAUUUUUUCUUUAUUCGACGCCUUUAUCCCUACUGAUUAUUGAAAAAAGUUAUUGAAAAAAGUUAAGAUUUUUUUCUAUUAUUUUCUUAAGUUGAUCUGUUGGAGACUUGGAGUUUUCAAUUUGGUGAAUCCAUUGAGUCCUGAGGGAGUAUUGGAUUAGUGGGCAAUAAAUGCAGGAUUUGACACAAAUCUGAGUGAAAAUAGCUUAGAUUAAGCUCUUUGGGGAUUUGGGUAGAGUUGUUACCUUUUUUUAUGCUUGAAAAUGGAUCAUGUGAUCGGUGGUAAGUUCAAGCUUGGAAGAAAGAUUGGCAGUGGCUCUUUUGGAGAGCUCUAUUUAGGGGUAAAUGUGCAAACUGGAGAGGAAGUUGCUGUCAAACUGGAAUCUGUGAAAACCAAGCAUCCACAACUUCAUUAUGAGUCAAAAUUGUAUAUGCUUCUUCAAGGAGGAACUGGCAUUCCCCACCUAAAGUGGUUUGGAGUUGAGGCGGAUUACAAUGUCAUGGUAAUUGACCUUCUUGGACCAAGUUUGGAAGAUUUGUUCAAUUACUGCAACAGGAAACUCUCGUUAAAAACAGUGCUGAUGCUUGCUGAUCAAUUGAUUAAUAGAGUAGAAUAUAUGCAUUCAAGAGGUUUUCUUCACCGUGAUAUAAAGCCUGACAAUUUCUUGAUGGGCCUAGGACGCAAGGCAAAUCAGGUAUAUAUCAUUGAUUAUGGUCUUGCAAAGAAGUAUAGGGAUCUUCAGACUCAUAAGCAUAUCCCAUACAGAGAAAACAAAAACCUCACAGGCACAGCUCGUUAUGCAAGUGUGAACACUCACCUCGGAGUUGAGCAAAGCCGAAGAGAUGAUUUGGAAUCCCUUGGUUAUGUGCUUAUGUAUUUCCUCAGAGGAAGCCUUCCCUGGCAGGGGUUAAAAGCUGGAACAAAAAAGCAAAAAUAUGAUAAGAUUAGUGAGAAGAAGGUAUUAACUCCUAUAGAGGUUCUCUGUAAGUCAUAUCCAUCUGAGUUUGUAUCAUAUUUUCAUUACUGCCGAUCUUUGCGGUUUGAAGACAAACCAGAUUAUUCAUAUUUGAAGAGGCUUUUCCGAGACUUGUUUAUAAGAGAAGGUUAUCAGUUUGAUUAUGUCUUUGACUGGACUGUAUUGAAGUGCCCACAGAUUGGUGGCAGCUCCAGAGGGCGGCAUUCCAGUGGAAAAGCAGGUUUAGCUGCAGGACCGGCCAUUGAAAGACCAGAAAGAAUCUCAGUGGGAAGAGAGAUUCGGGAUAGAUUCUCUAUAGCCGUUGAAGCAUUUUCCAAAAGAAAUGUUUCGAGUGCUAGUCCUCGUCGUAAUCAUUCUAGACACAAGACUGCUGAGGAUAUAACUUUGUCAAAUCAUGUGCAUCCUGAUUCAGAUAAAAGAUGCAGUUCUUCUCGAUAUGGUAGCACUUCAAGAAGAGCUGUGGCAGCGAGCAGACCUAGUUCUUCCGGUGAACCCAAUGACGUUACACAAAACCGACUAGUAUCAAGUGGAGGUCGCAUGUCUACCACACAAAGAAUCCAACUUGCCUUCGAGGCCAAAACAUCUACUCGUGCUAACCCUGUUAGAGGAAACCACGAUGAUCAUCCACUUGGAAAUUUCGAGCUACUAUCGAUUAAGAAAUGAUGGAAGUAGUAAACCUAAUAGUAGGCUCUGAUGUUUUCUAAGAACUUAGAAUCCCACUGUGUAGAUGGGAUAUCACCAGAUUCAAUGCCACAGCAACUCGUGUGACUUCCCUGACCAUAUCUCAAUCUUUUUUCCAAGAUUGUUUUUCACCCGAGAGUUUACGGCCAUUGUAACGUGUUUUCGACAGCAUGAAGCAGAAUUCAUUUAUUGGAAAUUCGGAAGUUUAUUUGUCAUAUGCAACUUGAAUAGCUGUAAUAAAAAGUGUUAAUUAUUAGUUCAGUUGAUUUAUGCAUUCAUUUUACGGAGAUGGUCAAGGAGUGUUGGGAUUUCUAUUUCUAGAGCCAUUGUUGAAAAUCAUUGCAUAGGGUUUGUUUAGGGCUCAGAUCGAUGAGGUUUCUUUACCACUGAAAUCAAUGUUUAUCAGGUUUUGUACCUGAUUGGGGAAGCAUCCAGGGUUACCGUUCAUGCCCUACCCAAUAAAGAACUAAACAAAACACAAGCAUGGACCUUACUUGAUAACUAAUUACUUGAUGUCGAUGGCCUCGCAUGGAGAAUAAAUGUUUCCCGGUACGAUACAGAAGUUACUGGCAUAAAGCCUCUGGAAAUAAGGGACAGCUCAAAAAGUAAAGAACAAAAAUGAUGCAAAAAUCAAGUGGAUAGCCAACAACAGCAUAGUCUGUUGGUUGGAUUUUUAAUUCUAAUGAUCAAGAAUCAAGGGGUUAGGUUUGCAAUAACAAUGAUGCAAAUAUCAACUGGAGAUAUUUGAUAGCCAAUGAUGCAAAAGUCAAGUCUGUAGGUUCGCAAUUGGUACAUUUGAUGAAAUAAAAACGAGGAUCCAAUGACUAAAUAAAAACUGAAAAUGUACAAAC